AAAAGCCCCAGCAACCAAUCAGAAGAGAGCGGAGACGGGCUCCUCAGAAGAGGCUGGCCAAUCAGAUUGCUCGCCUGUGUUGCUACACGGUCCUGUCAUGGAACUGGAUCUUUAAAUUCGAAUGUGGUGACGCUGUGUGGAAACGCUUCAGCUCGGACUACAGAAGGGGUUUAUUGGAGUCACGAUUUAUUUUCGCCUCUAGACUCGUACACGAGUUCUUGACUGUCGUUCAAAAACAAACAAACAGCGAUGUCCAGCGUUCAGUUUUCGGUCAGCGGUUCAGGAGCUGCGCGAGAGAGUUUCCCUCAGCGCGCACGCAGGAGCGUGUGUCGGAGUCUUUUCGGACCGGUCGAUCACGACGAGCUGAACCGCGACAUCGAGGCAAAGCUGCGCGAGAUCUCCGACCGGGACCAGAAACGGUGGAAUUUUAACUUCGUCUCCGGGACACCGCUGCAUGGCGACUACGAGUGGGAGGGAGCCGCGGUGGAGGCGACGCCGGCGUUUUACCAGGAGUCGGUACAAGUCGGGAAAAACAGGGCCGUUGUCCUGCACGUUAAGCCGCGUACAGAUGCUCCUAACCGGGAGAACUCCGCUCGGGACGCCGCUGCGGGUUUAACCGUUUCUCCGGAGAGCGCGAGCGCAGGAAAGCCGAGCUGCGCGAGGAGGAAGACAAGCGCGCGGUUGACCACAGCAGCUCCACACCGCAUUACAGAUUUUUACGCCAAACGGAGGAAGCAGGGAGAUUUAAAACGGAGUGAGAGCGCGCCUCAGAACCCUCUCAGCUUCCGCUCCUACGAGCAAACGCCACGGAAACGGCUCCGGUGAAGAAUUUUUACAAUUUAUUUUCAGCUGAAGAAAGUGUGUGCUCGGGGUGAAGAGAAUCCCGAGUGAAGGAACGCAGCCCUCAUGAUGAUUAUGAUGAUGAUGAUGAUGAUGAUGAUGAUGAUGGUGGUGGUGGGCGGCAAAGCGCUACAAGCUCGAGCGCCGCCUCGUCGAAACCUUCGCCCCGUGCAAGCUGCGCUGUGUGGAGGAUCAGGAGAACUUCUGAGGAGCGAGCUGGAUGAUGAACCAGACAUGAUCUCGCUUCUCAAGCCUUAAUGUGAGAACCUGCUGAAGAACAUGCGCAAGAACAAAGAACUGUAACGUCUCAAAUGUACAUCAGACCGUGUCUUUGAUGCGUGUGUGUUUUAAUACUGUCUGUCCAUGUCCUCAAGAUUUACUGGAAGUUUUUUUUUUUUAACAUUUAUUUUUUAUUUCCUUGCUCAUCCUGACUCUCGUAAUUCGCUCCGUAACUUUACGCAGAGCCGUGAGUUAUGAUCAUGAGCAACAAGGCUGUCUGCUAGCGUACCCGGCACCGUGUUUAGAAGCGUUUACCUUCUGUUAAACAGCUGUGCCAGAUGUUGAUUAUGUUUAAGUGCACAUUUCACAAAGGAAGAGUUUAAAGUGUUUGUCCGAGGGACGGUCGUGUAAAGGCCCGACGCGUGAAAGAUUGAGAAGACGGGCCUUUUUGUUCUCACUCCUUGUUUUUUUUUUGGUGUAAAUAUAAUGUUGUACAUUAUUACAUUAACCCUUUUAUUUAUGUUUCAUUGUCGACAUCUUGCUGUUCAGGAUAGUGUUCUCCCUAAAACACGGGAUCUGUCGUGUUUCUGAGCCAUUUUUGUCACUUCACUGUUCUAAAAUGUUUUGCUGUACUUUGUAAUAUCAUGUGUACGUGUGUGUUCAACAGUUCCUGUGUCUUUUGUUUUUUUUUUUCUUUUCUGUAAUUAACAUUAAAGCUCUGCACAUGCAGGAUCAUGUCUAAGACCAGAGCAUCAUUAUGUUAUCAACCAAAAGCACAAUGCACAAAACUAUACAGGUCAAGGGCUUCAGCUGCCGAGCUUCUGGGAUUUAAAAAAAAAAAAAUUACACACUACAGUCUCUUGAGUUU